UCCCUCCUCUUCUGUCUCUCUUCCUCCUUCUCCUCCUCUGUCUCUCCCCCUCCUUCAGAUGCAUCCUCAGCAGUUGGUUGUCUCCUGGUUUUCCCUGGUUCUGCUGGCAUCUCCCAUCAUGGCCAUUUGGGAACUGGAGAAAAAUGUUUAUGUUGUAGAGUUGGACUGGUACCCUGACGCCCCUGGAGAAACGGUGGUCCUCACCUGUGAUACCCCUGAAGAAGAUGGUAUCACCUGGACCUCAGACCACAGCAGUGAGGUCUUGGGCUCUGGCAAAACCUUGACCAUCCAAGUCAAAGAGUUUGGAGAUGCUGGGCAGUACACCUGUCACAAAGGAGGCGAGGUUCUGAGCCAUUCACUCCUGCUGCUUCACAAAAAGGAAGAUGGAGUUUGGUCCACUGAUAUUUUGAAAAAGGACCAGAAAGAACCCAAAAGUAAGACCUUCCUCAAAUGUGAGGCAAAGAAUUACUCUGGGCAUUUCACCUGCUGGUGGCUGACGGCAGUCAGUACUGAUUUGAAAUUCAUUGUCAAAAGCAGCAGAGGCUCCUCGGACCCCCGAGGGGUGACGUGCGGAGCGGCGACACUGUCAGCAGAGAGGGUCGGCGUGGAGCACAGGGACUACUGGAAGUACACAGUGGAGUGUCAGGAGGGCAGCGGCUGUCCAGCCGCCGAGGAGAGCCUGCCCAUCGAGCUCGUGGUGGAAGCUGUUCACAAGCUCAAGUACGAAAACUACAGCAGCAGCUUCUUCAUCAGGGACAUCAUCAGACCAGACCCACCCAAGAAUCUGCAGCUGAAGCCAUUGAAGAAUUCUCGGCAUGUGGAGGUCAGCUGGGAGUACCCUGACACCUGGAGCACCCCACAUUCCUACUUCUCCCUGAUGUUUUGUGUGCAGGUCCAGGGCAAGCACAAGAGAGAGAAGAAAGACAAACUCUUCGUGGACCAAACCUCAGCCAAGGUCACGUGCCCCAAGGACGCCAGCAUCCGCGUGCAGGCCCGGGACCGUUACUACAGCUCGUCCUGGAGCGAGUGGGCGUCUGUGUCCUGCAGUUAGGUUCUAAUCUCAGGAUGCAAUCAAUCUUGGAGGAGAAGUGGAAGCCAUUAUGCUAUAUUUUUAAAAGACACAAUAGAACAGACCCCCAAAAGAUAUUUUUCUACCAAUUUGCUUUUUUUUUUUUAAGGAUUAUAAAGAUGUCUUUGCUAUAUUUUUAUAUUUAAUUGCUAAAUGCCCACUGGAACAAUCAGCUCAUUUAUUUCUAGAGUUUCCAGCUAACAGGUUGCAACUGACUUUUGUUCUAUUUAAAUAUUUAAGUAAUUUAUGUAUUUAUUCAUUUAUCAGUUAUUUAACAUUUGUGCGCCAAGAUGUACGUUUCACACACUCACGACCUCAUUUAUAAGGAAAGGGCCCUAUUAUGCAAAAAUGUGACCUUAUGUGUUAUUUAUACUGACAACUUUUCAAUCGAGGCUGCACGUGCCUCAGUUUUACAACAACCAGCAAGAACACAAGGUUCUGAUGCCAGCGCCAGAAUAUAUUUGUCUUGGAUGGGAACACAAGAGAUAGUUAAAUAGAGUCCUGGAGACGCGAACCCAUUUGAGGAGGUCCUGGAGACCAGAUGUUAGUUCCUGUGUCCAUGAAGACUUCCUUGAAGUGGUGAUGAUCAUUCAGGGCUACUUGAACCUCUAAGCAAGUUUAGUCUUUGGAUGCCUGAACUGAGAAAGGUCUAAAAAAAAAAAAUGACUGAAAUUGAAAUUCAGCUUCAGCCUUCCUGGCAGUCCCUUCUCCCUUCUAUCUGUAAGACAUAGAGAGUGACAUGGAGAUGUUGUAAGUGUCAGGAAAGUAAAAAGAUCUUACGAUUCCACGAGGGAAGACAAGUAUAAUUAUGGCCAAGGACAUAAAAUUGUCAGACUUGCCGGUUGGUCCUUAAUAGCCACACGAAGAAGCAGACAGGUGCGGAGAAAACAGCCAAGGGUCUCUCACUUGUCAGCGUGAGGAACGUGACGAGCGGAUGUGACCGGAAAGUGCCAGGUCAUUAAAAUGCUACUUUUAAGUAAUG